GAAGUGGACGCUGUAGCUUUGAGUUCAGAGUCAGCGGAGUCCGUGCAGGGAGGAGAAAUCAACAACGACGCUUUGGGGCUAUUUUAUUUCGGGCUGUGAGCGAAUUUAUUAAGCCGUUUUUACUCAUUUGAAGCAACGACUGACCACACGGAGAUGGACAGCACCGUGGUGCAGAUUUUUAAGGAGGACAAAUGUCCGUCCGCCCAGGUGGACUGUGCUCCAAACUUACCCUGGCAGUCCGGCCUUCCGGACAUGUACAACUACUCGGUGAAUGAGAGCUGGUCCGAGGAAGCGGAGCCGCUGUCCCCCAUCAUCCCUGUGAUAACGGCCGUGUACUCGGUGGUGUUCGUGGUGAGUCUGGUGGGAAACUGCUUGGUGAUGUAUGUCAUUAUCAGAUACACUAAGAUGAAAACUGCCACCAAUAUAUACAUCUUCAACCUGGCUGUUGCGGAUGCCCUGGUGACCACUACCAUCCCCUUUCAGAGUGCGGACUACCUGCUGAACUCCUGGCCCUUUGGAGAGGUGGUCUGCAAGGUCUUCAUCUCCAUUGACUACUACAACAUGUUCACCAGCAUCUUCACCCUCACCAUGAUGAGUGUCGACCGCUAUGUGGCAGUCUGUCACCCAGUCAAAGCCCUGGAUUUCCGCACACCUGUAAAAGCUAAGAUCAUCAACAUCCUCAUCUGGGUUGUGUCUUCUGCUGCUGGAAUCCCUGCCAUGGUCCUCGGAAGCACUCAGACCAACAAUGGCACCACCGAAUGCGCACUUCAGUUCCCUGACCCCUACAUCUACUGGGACACACUGAUGAAGAUCUGUGUCUUUAUCUUCGCGUUUGUAGCACCUCUUAUUAUAAUCACUGUAUGCUACACGCAGAUGGUAAUGCGGCUGAAGAGUGUGCGGCUGCUGUCGGGCUCACGUGAGAAAGACCGCAACCUGCGACGUAUCACACGCCUGGUGCUGGUGGUGGUGGCUGUUUUUGUGAUCUGCUGGACGCCUAUCCACAUCUUCAUUCUGGUCAAAGCUCUGGCACCUGGAGUCCCUGAGACCACCGCAGUGAUGGGUGCCUACUUCUUCUGCGUGGCGCUGGGCUACACAAACAGCAGUCUCAACCCCAUCCUCUACGCCUUCCUGGAUGAGAAUUUCAAGCGCUGUUUCCGGGACUUCUGCUGCCCAGGCCAUGGCCAGGCAGACGGCCAAGGGAUGCUGCGGGUCAGGAGCACCAUCCGUGAGCAUGCAUGUCCGGUGGAGGGCAGAGGGGAUGGUGGCCACGGCAGGCCUGUAUGACUAGCCGUGGAGCUGUCCUCUUUCCAAUGUCAGGAGGACUCGAACGACCUGGGACUAACACAGAUCACCACUGCCGUCUGAAGGCUGAUUUUUACAUCUGCAAAGAUGCUUGUGUUGCGUAGAGAUGCAGAUGAGGACUUUGUGGGUAAACGUAGCUUGCAGACACACACAGAGACCCCUGUUUCAUGCAUUUUCCUCAUUGAUGUCACAUCCACCAUUCUGAACAUUGAACAUCUGGGUCGCACAUGUCUAACUUGCUGAAGGUAAGGUAGGCGGGAUGAAUUGAAAACAUGAAUGAAUGAACCGACUUUGACCACUUGCAGACAUAGAGCUGGUUGUUAGCUAACUGAUAACAGCCAACCACACCUGCAAACAUGGGGUUGGUCAUUUGCUACAACUUAGCUAUCUAGCAGACUGCGCUGCUGUCAGUAAGGUAAGUUCACAUUAGUUAAUGUUACAAAACAACAGAAUUAGUUAAUGUUAGCUAUCGCUUACAUUAGUUUCAAGAGAUUCUAGCUUACUGAAAUUAUUAGCAGUCAGCAAGGGCAAACAAGAAUAAAAUAAACACACAUGGCUAUCUGAUGCCCGCUGAAAGUCUGGAAUUUGUGUGGUUGGGGAGCUUUUCACCAUAGAGUUAUGACAAAAAUCAGAAUGCAGCUUGGAGUAUGACACUGCCUAAAGUCUACAGGUUUAUUACACUCUCUACUUUGAAUCAAAUCAAGUGUUCGAGGGUUUGCGGGUCCGAAAUUAUUCUUGCUCCUUUUGAGAAUUGAAACACACUUCAAGAUGGCGCUAGGGAGUGCCUUUUUUGUGUAAUGAAAUUGCAGUAUGAAUGAAAUUUUUUGUGUAGUGAACUUCUGCUGGGCUGUGCGUCAAACUUACACUGAUUGACCAGAGGAGUAGGUCAUGAUCGUGAAAUUUCUGGCAAUUAAUUGUGAUCUAAAUUAUUUUAAUGAACAGUUAUCAAUCGUCUUUUUUGUUAACUGUUUGCAGCCGAUAAAGUAUAAACCUCAAUAUCCAAAUUUGCCAAGUAGCUGUCUUAAUUCCUACCUGUCAAGACUUAGUCACUUCAAACUAAAGACGGAAACAUUUAGAACUCAAAUAAACAGACAUUACACUGCCCUCCAAAGGUUAUAGCAGUCAGAUGCUAGACCCGUGACGUGUCUCAGUAAAAGUUUUCUCCUUUAUUUACAUUUAUUUUCCUCACUCCAACCCAAUUCACUUUCUGUUUGUUGAAAAAAUAGGAUUGUGAUUCUGAAAGCUGACAACUGUUAAUUAUGAUCAGCUAAAAUAAUUGCUAAUAACUACGUUGAAUAACUAAACAUUUUGACAGGUUUACAGAGAAGUACAUUUGGUAGUGUUGGAGUUUGGGGAGACAGAACUAAUUAAAAUGCUGUGCGAUUAAAAAACACCUUCAUUAUCAAAUCCACCUUAAUUCUUCUAUCCAUUCUCUCUGUGCUACAAUUCACACAAGGCUUUUUCCAGCCUGAAAACAGUUUCUUGCUCAUUUUCUGGACAUUCUGGUGUAGUAAAUGCCACACUGCCCCCUAAUGAACAUGUCAGUGUUACUUGUAUGUACUGUUGGCAGUCACUGAAAUGUAAUUUGGCCUUAUUGAGGACAGCUGCAGCAGAAGACAUGUGCCUUUUAGGUGUGCGACUCCCAUCAUAUGGGAAUGCAAGAGGUAUUCCUGAUACAUUCCUUGGGCUAGUCUAUAAAAUCAGUAUUUAGUUUUAGCUAUGAGCAGCCAUAUUUAUGGUUUUUAGACUGGGCCUGUUUAUAAACCCUUAUAAAUAAAUGCGAAACCAGUAUAUAUUUAAAAUAUAUAUGUUUGAUUAUAGUCUCAGAAUCAAAAAUGUCUCAAAAUGUCAAAAGUGCUAUGAAACCUCAUUAAGUCUCUGGCAAGAAGCAACUGCCAUAAAGAACUAAAACAUACAUACAGUCAGAGUAACUCAGCCUCUCUUUCUCUGGCACUGGUCCCUGUCUCUUAAAAGUGAUCUGUCCUGCCUCACUAUCUUUUAGAUUAGAAAUUUAGAUUGAGAAAUUCCUAAAUAGAUCCUGAAGUGGUUGUGAUGCUGUCUGUUCUUGAAACAUCAACCACAACCCGCCUUUGUCCCAAGUUCUUUCAGCAUCUGUUUUUUCUGAGAAGACAUAUUUGAAUGCCCAAGAACCAGUGACCAAAGACAGUGAUGAAAGAUGAAUAGUACAGAAUAAUACAUGCUGCUCUCGGUCUUAUUAUUAAUGAAUUAAUAAAUUUUUCAUAUAUGUAUAUCCUCACAGAAAACAGUAUAAUGCAAACUGAUGCAAUGGUCUUUAUGUUUAAAUUCAUAUACGAAACAAUGAAAUGAAAAAAAGAACUAUGGAAUAUUUUUUCAUGUAUGUGGAUCUAUGAAUGUGAUUACAUGACUUCUAGACUGAAAUAACUGUUCUACACAAACAAGAUAUAUGUUUCAGCCAUGUCACAUGAUCAUUACUCAGGAAACAAUGGCAUUGUCAUAAGCUACAGUUACUUUGGGCAGCAGGAGAACAAAGCUUCUUUAUUUUUUACAGCAUAUACAUUAGACAUUCUGCUUUUUUUUGUGUACUGAACUGCUGUGAAAUGCUUUAUGUGCUUACCUCAAGGGAAAAAAAAACCUCACUAUGCUCACUAAAUAUGCUCAUUCUCAUUCAUAUGUGCAAGAUACUCCUAGAUGUCAAAUGACAGUUUGAUAUCUGGCAGUUAGGGCUGCCAUGGUUAUGCAAAUCCGAAAAAUAAUUGAUUAAAAUUGACAUUCUGCAUUAAUUUCUUUGUACUUUAAAUGAUAAACAGGGUAUUUGCAGGUCGUAUAGUGAGCAUCACUUAAAAUGAGGAAACCCACACUAGCAGGAUCCCACAAAUGCAUUUAUAUAUGUUGUUACAAAUUGCAGGUUAACAGAGUACUUCAAUUACCAAAUGAUACACUUAAAAUUGCAACUUAUCAAGCAGACAAAACAUUGCUUGUUACAAGCUUCAUAUGCUUUAAAUGCUAAAAGCAGAGCUGGCCUAAGUAGUUUUAAACCCUGUGUGAGAAGUGAACAUCACUUGGCACUAACAAAACUUUCUGCUAGCACAAUGAAAGAUUUCUCAAAAUUACUUGAAAUGCUCUUUUCUCUCUUACAGUAAGAAACAGAGCCUGAUGCACAUUUUAUGCAUUUUCUGCCGCGUAGUGUUUUAUUUAUAUAUGAAGUAUUGUUAAUGGCUUCCUUUUUAUCCUUUUCAGUAAAAUAUUCUGGAAUCUCUGAAAGGGUCUGCAUAGUUAGUGUGCUGUCGUUCUGUUAAGCCUGUUUUUCUUGUUUGGCUUUAAAACUAAAAUUAUUGCUCCUUCAAUCGAUGGAGUAUUUUGAUUACUCAUAUAAUCAAUAAUCGAUAGUGAAACCCUGCUAAUAAUAGCUGGUCAUCAUUGGCAUAAUGCUAACUAACUUCCAUUGUCUCUCAUUCUUUAUUCACAACUUUAGCAUGUUUGGGGUGAAGUCCACCCUUUAUUAUCAGUGAUUACUCAAAGAAUGUUCUCAUGAUAAAUAGAGAACUUCACCCCAAGCGUGCUAAUGUUGCUCAUAAUGAAAAAGAGUCUCUUAGCAGUUAGCUUCGCGACAACUCACUAAAAACCUGAAUCUGUACGGAACUGGUUUUUGUUGGGUACCAUUUAGUGUUCUUUCUCUGAAUGUAGAAGAACAUUCAUCUGUAUAGUGUUUCUGUUGAAGCCAACAAAGAUUACUAGGGAAAGGUGUUAAUUAGCCUGGUCAUUUGCAUAAUGAUCAUUUUAAUUAAUGCUAAUAUCUUUCUCCCAUGUACUUUCAUUCAUUAUUAGCAACUUUAGUGUGUUUGGGGUUGGGGGUAAGUUCCCCACUUAAUAUGAGUGAUUACUGAAAGAGCAGUCUUAUCAUAAUUACAUAAUAAAUAAUAACAACAUCCGAUAUGGAAAUUGUGGUUCGGAAUCGUGAAAUUGUCCGAAGCAGGACACCACACACUGUAACAUAAAAAAAAUGGGAACCGUGGGAUUCACCUACAUCUCCAGGGCCAAGUGUAUGAAAAAAAAAAAUAUAUAUAUAUAUAUAUCGUUCUUGCUGUGGUGUUUAUUAAUGUAACGCUGAUUCUUUAAAGAUUGUACCUGGUUUUACAUGUAGAUAAUAACUAGUGACUACAGCUGUAUCUACAAUGCAAAAUAUUCUUAAAGGUAUUCAGACAUUCUAAGCACAUGUUAUUUUCCAGUGUCAGAGGAGUUUGUGGAUGUGUCUGUGGUACGUGUGUCUGUAAAACUGGCUGAAAUCAUUUUAUAUUGUCAUUUUCAGCCUGUGUUUUUAUGCCUUAGUAACUCUUAGCUUUUAAAAAAGUUAAUGCCUGUUGUGCCUUUUGUUAGUUCAUUGAGCUGUAUGAAUGACUACAGUCAUAAGCAGUGCAUUUAUUGGAUUUUCAGAUUUUCAGUGUCAUCUUCAGAACAGUAAAACUCUAAUACUAAUACUUAAUGUAAUGUGGUUGUAUUAUAUCAGACACAGAAAAUAUAUUGCCUGUUUGCUUUUCCUGCUUGCUUUUUGUAAUAUGCUAUUUGCAUCUGAUUGCUGUACUUUUCUCUGAAUACAGUUAUCAUGGAAUCUUGUCUGUGCUGACAGUUACAGUAUUACCUGGCUUGUAUAUGACAUGUAUAUGAAAACUUACAAUCAUCAACACUACAAUAAAAGAAUGAUUAUA